CGUCACGAGCACAACAUGUAACGCUCUUUUAAAGGUAUUCAGAGUCCCUGACUUGUAGCAACAUAUUAGUAUCGGAGCGUUGAGAGCGGAGUUGGACACUUGAGUCCUUCAGACCCUGUGUCCACAAGAGGGCGGGCUUUACCCGCUGAAAGUGCUCUCAGGUCUAUGUGUUUGUUUAGGGAAAUCACUGCUGGUAGUCAACCCCAACACACCUUAACGGACAAAAUACCAGAUGGAUAAUGUCGUCGCCUCUAGCAGAUCUUGUGACUUUUGGCAUGCUUUUGGAGCACACAGAGGGAAACAGUGUCGCUGUCAUCACUGUGGGUGUGCACGUUCCCCCAAACUUUAGAGGACUCCGAAAGUCACACUGAACUUCUUUCUCUCUGAGAAAAGAGUUUUUGCUUUUGAAGUUGCUGUCUAGAGAGGCACAUGGUGGCACACAGACCUUAUCUCAAGAUAAACAGGUCAUCCACCGCAGAACUCCCAUCGCCUCAUUCUGCCCGGGUCAUGAAGACGCCCCAGUUUUCUGAGAAAGAAAAUGAGUUUCGGGGAGAGCUGGUGAACCAGCGGUGGACACGAGGCGAGAGGACCAGCAGUCGCUGUCAGGCCUCCCAGAGACUGCAGAGCCGUCGACCAAUCAUGAUGAGUGUUGAGGGUGACGACAAGCGAACUCGUACUCGGUCAAAGGGAAUCAGAGUUCCCAUUGAGCUCAUAGGAGCAGAACUAAGCUGCCCAACCCCUGGAUGCAAUGGCUCGGGCCAUAUCAGUGGGAGAUACUCACGACACAGAAGUAUUCUGGGAUGCCCCAUAGCCAGGAAGCGACGCUUGGAGGAAGCUGAGCAAGAGCAGGAAACAGAGCGACCCGUCUCUAAGAGGAAGUCAUAUCCCCUGAAACUGGCGCUGGACGAUGGUUUCAGCGCAGAGAGUGAUGCCAGCAGCGAGGCUGAGGGCGAUGGAGAGAAGGAGGAAGAGAAAGCUGAGAAUGUGGAGGAAAAAGGUGCAGAACUGACUCAGAAUGGACACACAAACGGACAGCUGGAGGAGACACAGGAGAAGGAUGAGGAGGAAAUGUGUCAGGAGAAGACAACAACAGCAGAUGAAGAGGAGUGUGUGAUCGUGGAGUCCAAGCUGGAUGCGGCCUCACCAGGGCCAGAGGAGCCCCAGUCUCCUGCUCAUGAUACCGAAGAGGUAGCGAACUCUCUGCUCCACCUCGGCCAAACCUGCAAAACUGACAACAAAAAUAAUGUCCCAACUGAGGCCAUUCAGCAGCCUGUUGCCAUGGAGACAGAGGAGGAUGUCACCGUGGCAGCAGGAGAGGGGGAAAAAAUGAAAGACAGGCAGAGACAGGAAAUGCAGGAGACAGAUGUUGAAGAAGUAGGGGAGUCUGAUGUGCAGAAUGAGGCAGCUGAGGAAGAGGAAGAGGUCAGGAGUGAGCCAACGCAGCAGGAGAGGCCAGUUGAUGAACCACACAUUCAACAGAUGACUGAGGAAGAGGAGGAAGAGAUGCCCCUGCAGCAGAGCCAGGAGAAGGAAGAGGAGAAGGAGGAAGGACAGGAGAACCACAGGGAGGUGAACCACAUCCUGCCUGUUUCAAUUGUGCCAACUGCUAUUCGCACUAUCACCAGCACCGCAGCAUCUCAGGGAAAACACAUCACGGCAGAAGACCACAGGGUCAGUCCUCAGGAGGACUACAACUCACACAGCCCCCACAGAGCCAGUCCUGUGGACAAAUAUGACUCUCAUAAGCUGGGUGCUGUGCAAAACUACAAGAGCAGCCCUCCUUUAAACUUCAGCUCCCACAGUCCUGUGCACAACUACUACCACAUCCACAAGGCCGCGGCCUCUCCCGACAUCAUCGAGGUGCGAUCCGAUAAGUCGGACGAGAAGGACUUUGAUGACAUGGACGGGGACGAUGAGCACGACGACGACGACAGCAUUUCCCAGCGUUCCAACGAGUCUGAGAUGUUCGACAUGACCAGAGGCAACCUCGGUCUGCUGGAGCAAGCCAUCGCUCUGAAGGCUGAGCAGGUGAAGCCCAUCGGGCCCAGAGAGCUGCUCAGAGCUCCAGACAUCCACCACCAGAGAUAUUUCACCAUGGAGGACCGGCCCAAGCACCUAGACGUCAUUCGCAAGAGCUACUUUAAAGAGAGCAAUAGGCCGGAGAAGAGGGAGAUCAAGUGUCCCACCCCAGGGUGCGAUGGGACGGGUCACGUGACUGGUCUUUACCCCCACCACCGCAGCCUGUCAGGAUGUCCUCACAAGGACAGGAUUCCCCCUGAGAUUCUGGCCAUGCAUGAGAAUGUGCUGAAGUGUCCUACCCCUGGCUGCACUGGCCAGGGCCAUGUCAACAGCAACCGCAACACACACCGCAGUCUUUCUGGAUGCCCCAUUGCUGCUGCGGAGAAACUGAACAAGGGCCACGACAAGCAGCAUCUCUCCCAGCCUGGCAGCGAGCACCUGAAAGGAAGUCCCAAUGACAGAGUCUUAAGGCCCAUGUGUUUUGUGAAACAACUUGAAGUCCCCCAGUAUGGCAGCUACAGGCCCAACAUGGCCCCCAGUACUCCCCGUGCCAACCUGGCCAAGGAGCUGGAAAAGUACUCCAAGGUGUCCUUCGAUUAUGCAAGCUUCGACGCACAAGUGUUCGGGAAGCGCAUGAUUGCCCCAAAGAUGCCCACCAGCGAAACCUCACCCAAAGCCUUCAAAACCAAGCCCUCCUUCCCCAAGUCGUCCUCGCCCAGCCUGAGUCUACAUGGUUACGGGAAAGCCACCGCUUUGGCUUAUGACUACUCCCAUGAUGCAGAGGCAGCCCACAUGGCGGCCACUGCCAUCCUGAACCUGUCCACCCGUUGCUGGGAGAAGCCUGAAAACCUCAGCACCAAAGCCCAACCCAAGGAAAUGGAUAUCGAGGUGGAUGAGAACGGCACUCUGGACUUGAGCAUGAAGAAACCCAUCAAACACGAGGGCAGUCUGUCUGGCACCAGCCCCGGGGUCCGCUCCCCAGACCCUUCGUCCUCCUCCUCCUCGCUGCAUCACGGCAGCAGUGGGAUGACGUCACCAAACCUGCACGGCUACAAGCAGGAGGAGUGGGAGGGUCCGCUGGAUUACACCAAACCCAACCGCCAGAGGGAGGAGGAAGUGGACGAGCUGGAACACACUGGCCAGUCGUACGUCUCCUCCGACCCAGAGGACGGCGACAUGAUGCAGGACUGUCUGGAGGAAAGGAAGUACCCAGGGGAAGUCACAACCCCCAGCUUCAAAGUCAAGUUCUUGCCCAAGGACGCAAAGAAAGAGCUGCUCUCGUGUCCCACACCUGGCUGUGACGGCAGCGGCCACAUCACCGGAAACUAUGCAUCACAUCGCAGUCUGUCUGGGUGUCCUCUCGCUGAUAAGAGCCUCCGGUCACUCAUGGCGGCCCACACCCCUGAACUCAAAUGCCCCACUCCAGGAUGUGAUGGCUCAGGUCACAUCACAGGAAACUACGCCUCUCACCGAAGUCUCUCUGGGUGCCCCCGUGCCAAGAAAAGUGGAAUUAAAACUCCUACCAAGGACAACCAGGAGGACUCCGAGCUUUUAAAGUGCCCGGUGCCAGGGUGCGACAGCCUGGGACACAUCAGUGGAAAGUACGCUACGCACCGUAGCGCCUACGGAUGUCCACUCGCAGCCCGCAGACAGAAGGAGGGUCUCCUUAACGGCAUGCCCUUCAACUGGAAGGCCUUCAAGACCGAGGGACCCACCUGUCCCACCCCGGGCUGCGACGGCUCCGGACAUGCCAACGGCAGUUUCCUCACACACCGCAGCCUCUCAGGGUGCCCCAGAGCUUUGUUUGCUAAGAAGAAGGCCAAGUUCCCCGGUGAUGACUACCUGAGCACCAAGUUCAGAGCUAGUGACGUCCUGGACAAUGACGAGGACAUCAAGCAGCUCAACAAAGAAAUCAACGACCUCAGCGACUCCAACAACGAAAUGGAGGCCGACAUGGUCAACCUGCAGACACAGAUCUCCUCCAUGGAGAAGAACCUGAAGAGCAUCGAGCACGAGAACAAGAUGAUUGAGGAGCAGAACGAGGCCUUGUUCAUGGAGCUGUCCGGUCUGAGCCGGGCCCUGAUUCACAGCCUGGCCAACAUCCGCCUGCCGCACAUGCAGGAGCCAAUCACGGAGCAGAACUUCGAUCGCUACAUCAGCGCGCUGACCGACAUGUACACCAACAAGGACUGCUUCCAGAGCCCAGAGAACAAGGCUCUGCUGGAGAGCAUCAACAAGGCUGUGAAGGGCAUCAAAGUCUGAGACCACGUAGACACACACACACAGCCACACACAACACACACAUUCAUUGAUAUUCUAAUAGGAUACAACCACAAAAAGGGAAUUCAGGUUAUUUAAUGAACAGCAACUUUACAUCCCAGGGAGCACUCGAUGAAAAGUGACCGGACCAAAUCCACCCCAUGCUGCUGCUGCGGGGGCCGGAGCGGACACCCCCCCCGCCUCCCGCCCUCCAGUCACAUGGAUGGUAACCAAGACUUUUGUUACUAGCAAACGUUUACGAGUCGUCGCCGCCCUGGACGGGGCGUGCGCUGCACUCCGCUGUGCUCCCGCUUCUGGCUCGGACCAGCAGGAUGUGACGUGUGUGUGAGUCCACCAGCUCGCACCGCUCCUCCGACUCACACGCAUGCGCAGACUCACAAAGCAGCAAUACGAGGACAGCUGAAUGUGUUGCGGUGGGGAAGUGGAGCGCAGACUGAUCCAGGAACAGUGGAGGAUGACAAACCCAUCUUUCCUUAUUUUGUCGUGCACACACCAGACACACACUUCAAACUGUAUUUAUUAGGAUUUGCACUUCAUUUCACUGAACUAGUUUUGUGGUACUUUAUUGUUAUAUAUGAAUUAUUUAAAUUUGUGUAACUUAUUGCCAUUUAUGUUAUUGAGGUUUAUUUAUCUAUUUAUUGACUUUGUUUUGUAAGACAAAAAUCUUCACCGUGGUCAGCCAAACGCAAAUGUUUGGGUGUUUGAAUAAUCUAUAUAGAAAAUUGACCUUUUUUAGUAUUUUUUAAAAAAGAUGUUUUAUAACUGCCAUGUUUUUUGAUAUUUUUUUAUUGGUUUGUUCCCUUAUUAUUUAUGUUUCUGUCACUGCUACAUUCAGAAGCCCACUACUGAAGAAAAAUAGAAAGUAUGUAUUUAUUAUUUAUUUAAUGAGAAAUGAACUGAUGGCUGUAUAUUUAUUUUUAUUAUUUAUGUGUGGUGGUGAUGUGACGCUCGGGUUUGAGUAGUCUGAGAGGAUCUGCUGGUGAUUAUUUAAAUAAAGAAGCGAAACAGACACUGUUUGGAUUACUAAGACGGACCAGCAGCUGAUUGUACAAAGAAAAAGAAAAAAAAAAGUCCAGCAAACGUGGUUUUGUUUCGUUGACCCAUUUCCUGCUCGCUUUCGUCAGCCGACAUACAAACAUUGAGAAAUAAACGUUACCUCUCCUCAGCGCUUUGUAGCGGCCGAUGGUGGCUCCGCCUACUCCUUAAUGUACCGGUCAUGUUUUUCUUACUUUCUAUCAGGACCGUGGUGCUGGUACAGAGCGGGAUGGGUGUUUGGGAGUCACGCAAAGCAGGCACUGUAGGAUGGCCUCCUCUUGAGAAACAGAAAAAACAUACACACCCUUGUAGCCUUACUCUAGAUUUUACUUUUUUGAUGCACAAAGUGCCACUAAAAAUACAAAGAAAAAAAAGAAAAAAAAAAACUUUCUGUCCUGUUUCUUCUGCAAUGUAACAAUGUCUGGUUCCGGGGCGACCAGCGCGGUGUGAUUGUUUCAGAUGCCUUUAUUUCUCUGCCGUCAUGGCCAUAAGUACACUAUAUAUACAUGAUGUAUAAAUAGAUUUUAAAGAUUCUAUAUAUAUGAAUAUAAACAUACAUAUAUUUUUCCAGUGUAAUUGUUGACUGGCUCUUCUUCGUUGGAUCAGUAGAUGAGGAGCAGUUACACCUACUUUAAUAUCACUAAGACCUUCUCAACUGUGGCUUUAAACACACCGAUCAGUCCAGCGUGGGGCGUACUGACGCCUCCUUCUUCAACAUUCCCCGCCCUCCCCGACUUUAGUUUGGUUAGUGAGUGGAAAUCUGUCAUUGUUCAGCUGAGACAUUUGAAACUAGAUGGUUGGCUUUAUUCCUAAGUGUCAUGUGAGUUCAUGUACAGUGAAAAAAAAGAAGCCUUUGAAUAACGCUCUGCACAGUGUUUGGCUCUGUGGUGCAGUGUUUGUAUUGUUUCUGGGCAGGCGACGCCGGUGCUACCUGCCUUUGAGUGAUCUGUUCCAGCUACUGUGGCGUUCAGUGUGUAACCCAUGAUGUCCAAGGCAUGUGUCCAUGUGCUUUUAGCCAAUGUAGAAUGAAACUCCUGUGUGCACUUUUUGAACAGCCGUCGAGAAAUACCAGCAUUUGAGUCUUUACUUGUAAGAAUCCAAUAGAAGCUAGGAGGCAAUAGCGAGCGCCCUUUUGUUACCGUCCACUUAGCGGCGAGUGUAGCUUGUGUCAGAGCUCAAAAACGAGGAAGCGUUCCCAAAAUAAGAAUCAACCAAAAGAGAUUGACAGGAAGUUUGGUUCUCAGGUGACCGCUGCUCACGCCGAGCAGAGCGAUGCCAUAGGUCAGCGCGUCAGCUGAGUCCAGGGGCGAUAGCAGCGGCUGGUCGAGGCCUCGUGUGUGUUGAGAUGAGUGUGUGGGAGUGGGAAAUUGAUUUGCCGGGCAACGCUAGCUCCCCCUUGUUUAGGAGGAGGCGUUUGUUGCAUAAAUAUGUGUCCAUAACUCUAAAGAAUGUCGAAGCUUUUAUGACUUUAAACCCCCCUCCUCCUUCCCCUUGUUUUGUGUAACCUCUCCUCCGGAAUAGUUUGGAUGCAUUUGCUUAACAAAGUAGCAUUUUUCUUUCGCUCUUAAAAUGCACGAGAAUUCUAGCCGAGAGUGUUAAGACUGUGAAUCGCCUCCUAACUUAUUUGAUAUGGCAUGACCCCUUUUAAACUGCUUGAUGAAAUUGUCCACUGAGGUAUGUAAAUGAAUCCGAGCGAGUUCAUGAAAAAACAUAGCAUUUAGGAAGGAAAAAAAAAAAGGAAAAAUGUCCGAUGUUUUGAAAGCAGCACAACUUGUUUGCGCGCCCACGCGGGCGAGUCUUUACAUCCAGUGACAUUCUUUUGAAACUAGUCAGGGCUUCUUUUUUUUUUUUCUCCGAUUCACUAAAAACCUUGGAACGAAAAUUAAUUUGACAUGAUGUCACUUUCAGGGAAGUCGGCCCAGACUGGUGGGAGGGGGGUGGUGGUGGUGGGGGGUGCACUGGAAUCAUGGUUCAAAUGUGAGUGACAGGAAAGAAAUGUCAGGUUUGAUGGCACUUUGCAUCAAACCCAGCAAAAACCAAAACCCACCCCCUCAUCCCUCCCCGCCCCCCACAUCCAUAGCCCCACGAUGCUGUAGUCUCCAAGCUGUGUGGUCUUAUCAUGUGUGCCUUUCUCCACUCCACUCAUUUCAAGAUAUGGGAUGUUUACAAACCUGUCUCACUUGUAGAGGGGGAGCGAGGGAACGACCUGUCGAGAAAAACAAAUGUACAAGACUGUCUUUGUUUGUUAGCGACCAUUCUGUUAAUUCAGGUACAAACUGCGUGGACGGUUUCUGUGAAGGAGUUCAGACCACCACCAUCAUCCCGAGAUAAUGCAUCGGUGUGCAGGGCAUUAUUUCAAAAACCAGUGGAAGUCUCUGUACAUAUGUGUAUGAAGAUAAAAGAAACAGUGUUAUAGUUGUUGUAUUACUGAAAACUGUAUUUAAAAAGACAAAAAAAUCCACAGCCAAGGGUUGUCCUACUAGCACAUUUUUACUGAGACAAGCUAUUUAUACUGCUGAUUUUCUAGACAUUUGAAAAAUGAAAAAAAAACUUCCAAUAUGACAAGCACUUCCACAAGAUAGAUUGUAUGGUCAUUUUUGUUACUUUUGUAGAGGUGGCCCUUCCUUUGCUACUGCACCCUUUUGUAAAGUGGGACAGGCCUUGGCUGUGUGUCCUCGGGGGUCUCUGUUGUUUUUUUUCCAAUUAUUAUGAUUAUUUAAGGUUUUCAGGAAGUAAAACACUGUAGUUUGGGCUGAAUUUUGUGAUUGUGUGUUUGUGUACUUGUGUACAUGUUCCCCUGUUCCUGUGUCAGUGUUAUAAAGCAGAGAAGUGGUGUCAGUUAUUGUGGGAGUAUGAACCAUUUUAAAUGUUCUCUAUGAAAAACACUAAUAAAGAAUCAUAGACGAGGACCGCCGAGUCUGUCUGUGUGUGUAUGAGUGUGUGUGUGUGUGUGUGUGUCUGUGGAUCUUUGAUGGUGUCCAACAUGAGCAGCGGUUGUGUAAACAUUAGUUGGUCGGGGGGAGAUGAUGUGAUCUGCUUUUCCCAUGUUGCCUGUCGACUCUCCAGUGUUCUCAGGAUCUGAAAAUGAAGAAGCUACAUUAAUAUUGAGAUCAUCCCAAACCAUAUUCCAGGGUUCACAAAGAGAAAUACUGUUGAAAGUGGACCGUAAAUGACAGUCACAGUAUGAGUGUGAACUGCACCCUGUUGCAUUGGAACCACUGACCUACAAGUACUCAGACAUCAGUGGUCAGCCUUUGUUAUUUUAUUUUAUAUUUAUUUAUUAACAGCACUUUAUUUCAAAGCACUUUCCAAGUUGGUGGGACCCCCACUGACCCUGGCAAUAAAUUCUAUUCUGAUUCUGAACCAAGAACUCUGGUUCAUGCAGUGCUGUUUGUAGUUGCUCCUA